AUGUCGUACCCGAAGGUUGUCGCAUUGGGGAUUGAGUGGGUGAUCUUCUCAGGCGAUCUCGACCAAAACAAGUGGGGGAAGGGAUCCGGAGCUCGUUCUAAACUCUCAGAUAACAUCCUGCGGGUCAGUGAUAGCGAAAUCCAGGACCGAACCAAUUCGAACCACAAGUGCCACCUAUAUCCCGACAUUCCCCGGAUUGUGGGUGACAUCUUGAAGCAUGGAGCGAAGCUUGCCAUCGUCUCUCAAAACACCAGUAAAGCUCUCACGGACCGAGCGCUCUACUACAUGAUGGUCAAAGAUAAGGAUGGAAAUGAUCGCCGCCUAAUCGAAUUAGUCAACUACGACGAGGUGUACAACGAACCCAAGACUGUCCACUUCGAAAAGAUACAUGGCUAUCGCCAAGUCCCGUACAUGGACAUGGUUCUCUACGACCACGUAAAGCAGAGUACCAUCCCAGAGAUGUUGCAAGGCGUCACCUUCCAGUAUUGUCCGAGUGGCUUGACUUGGGAUUUGUACCAAACUGGCCUUUCUAUCUGGCGAGGAACAAAAGCUAUACACAGUCCAUGGCACGGUCUUGCACUGACAGCCUAUCCGAACCGAAAGCUCAUCGGAUACUCUGGAAUGGAUCACGGCACUAUCGAGCUCCUGGAGAAGGGCGGGAGGCGCCAUGAUAGGAAAGAGGCUGCUCGUUGGGGGCAUGGCAUGUACGUUGCGGACGAUCCACUCGUCGCACGGUACUUCCGGGAUUGGAUCAAAGUGACCACUUUCGGCCCUGCGUCAAAUACUACUGUCUGUGAGGUUUAUGCCAGAGACGGUGAGAUUUGGGACAAGAUGAACAAGAUAUGGGUCCCCGACAACUGCCAUGACUUAAAGACACAUGUCGACAAGGGCGACGAACACAUCGCAGAGAGCGACAUCAAACGGGAUGGGCAGGUCGCCGACUGGGGCGUCCUUCGGCCUUACGUGCUGUUCUGCAGACAUCCCAACAUGAAAGACCGUGAUGGAAUGCAGUUCCCCAUCCCAGAACCAAAGCGUUUCAACGAAAUGGUCAUUUAUGGCCAGACACAGGAGAACCUCAUUGUAAUCAGACGCAUGAGCGAUGCCCAGCUGGAACAAGCGAUCAACAACAAAGUUAACCUUGAGUACGAGCACAAAAUUCGUGAGUGGAACAUCAAGGUGCCGGGGGAUACCAAGGCAGAUUUCCGAAAACACCACGAGAAUCCCACUCUCUAG